CGCAUGGUGGAAAGUUGCAACCAUGGUGAAGAAAUGGUUCAAUCAGUUGUAAACUUCCACGCUUGUUUUAUGUCUGUCAAGUACAUAAACAUUUUGGCUUUUCCUGAAUGGCACUGCAAAUGACAGAGCAACACAGCAUCAAUGUUUUCCAUCAAUUCAGACGAAGACCUCCCUCGGAUAUACUGAGAUUACUAUCGUAUAGAAACAUUGCACCUGUUUAUCUAUUAAGAAAUCAACCUGUCCUAGACUCAAGGACUUCAGUACAAGACUCAGUUUCUGCUCUUUGAAACGGUCACCCCUAAUAGUAUAUAUUUGUGGGGGCCAGGAGGCCUUUUUUGUUAUACUUUUGUAGUAUUUAUAAGCUUUCGAUUUCUACAUUCACUUCCAGUUUGAGUAUUUUUUGUGUGGGGUUGCUGAACCCUUAUCUGCUAGACAUUAAAAAAUUAAAGUUAGUUUUUCAGGAAAAAUAGUUAGCUAUGGCUCAAUUGCGUUAUACAAAGUAUGCCAUGGUGUGCGGCACUGCUGCUAUAACCGCAGGAUUAGUCGGACUUUACUUAUACAGGAAUAAAACAAAGAAGGAUAGAUCACCGCUUGCAAAGAAAGAUCAGGAAAGCAAAACUGACAUAAAAGGAAAGAGUUUGAAAGAGGAAUUGCCUUCAGCUGAUUGUUCCUCUACCCAGAGAAGUUCCUUGAAUGCACAGAGUGAGAAACUUGAGUUUUCGGAUGAAGGUCAAUCACAGAAUGAAGUUGUUCAGAAAACUAUCGCUGAAGAAGCGCAGGACAUGUUUGCUUUAAUGGACAAUGUGAAUGAUUCAGGGUUUGCAACUAAUGGCAAUGAGACAGAAACCCUUCCAGUGGAUAAGGUCAUUGAGGAGCAGGUUACACAGGCAAUUAAAACAUCUUUGGAGUCCGCUAUCCCUGAUAAUGGUUUACCAAGCGAGGGGGAGACAUCACUCACUUUAGAUUGGGCUACUGCAACAAUGCAGCAAGAUCAACAAGAAGCCAAGUCGCCAGUGUCACCAACUACAAGUGUUCAUAGUCAUCCAGAAGGGUCCAUGGCUGGAUCAGAUUUAGGUAGCGAGUCUAACAGCGACAGCUCAUCAUUUGAUAGUGGGCGCUGCACAGGGUCGACAACCAGCACAGGAGCAGUGCAGCAGUUGCAGCAGCCUGUUGCUCCUGAAAUACCCACUGUCUACCGGUUUGAAUUCCCCGCUGAUUUGUGUGGUCGACUCAUUGGGAAAGCAGGAAAAAACAUCAAAGGAAUCCGGAAUCGAUCAGGUGCCAAAGUGACUCUUCUUGACAUGCCAGAGGACGAAACUCUACAAAUCUGUGUUGUUGAAGGUUUUCAGAGCCAAAUUGAUGCAGCCCUUAAAGAUAUCCAGCGCAAGUUCUCUACAAUCGACACCAGCAAGCAAUACAUCAAGAGCAAACAAAUUCAGCCUGAUCUUGUCGCACCAGAAAUAUCCACGAUUCAUCUGCAUGAUGAGAUCAUCAAUGAUGUCCUGGUCUCAAGUGUUGUGUCUGCAGGUCAUGUAUUCAUCCAGCAGCCAACCCACCCAACAUACAUGGCUUUACCCAGACUAGACAGCUUCAUGAAUAACUGUUACAGCCAAGUGGAGAUGACACCACCUCUUCCCAGGCCAAUUGAAGUUGGUGUUAUAUGUGCUGCACCUAUAAUGCAAGGCUGGUAUCGUGCUCAGGUAGUGGACAUCUACCCCGACACUGAAGAAGUAGACUUGAAGUUCUUAGACUACGGUGGCUAUGCUAGAACUGAUAGCUGUGUCCUAAAGCAGAUCAGAACAGACUUUAUGUCACUACCAUUUCAAGCUACGGAAUGCUAUCUGUCAAACAUUGCACCCUUGGCUGAUGAGGAAGAUUUCUCUGAAACAGCCAGAGUCUUUGUGGAGCAGGUCGCACAGAGUUUUGCAAUCUUACAAGGGCAGGUGACAAGCUACAGUGAGGAUGGAGUACCAUUCGUCGAACUUUUCUACACGGACAGCGAGAGAAGGAUUCAGUCACUAAACAAGGAGUUAGUCAACCAAGGAUUGGUCAUGUGGUUUGAAGAGAGCAUCGAAAUGCCAUCAUCGUCGUCGGAAAACACCAGCCUUGUAACAGAAGAGCUUAUUACGGAAUAGAGUAAGAUUGCAUCAUAAGUGAGUAAAUUAGUGUUUGUUUGAAAUCAGUAGCUAAAGAAUAUUCUGUUGUAUCUUAAUAACUCCAAUCGGUUGAUGAUACUUAAGAAAUGUGUAGAACAUUGCCUGUUGUUGAAAAGUGUUGCAUUUAUGAUCCUCUGGGUGUACUGAAACUUAUGUCAUCAAACCUGAGUGUAAAUUUCAUUACAAUGCAUUAUUGUACUGCUCUCCUUAAACCAGUUGCUGUAGUUCCGAUUAGUGGCUUGGUCUUACAAACGCCCGUAAUACAUGUAGCUGAACAAUUCCUGAGCCCAAUUUCAUACAACUUCGGAAGCCCAAAAUAUUGCUUAACAAUUUUCUGCUUGGCAAAAAGUACGGUAGUAGGAUACCAGUGGCAGAUUGUACAUGUGACUUUGUAUUUUGGCUGGUGACUGAAUAUUCACAAAUUUAAUUGUUCGAAAGGGUUGCUUAAUUCAACAAAAUUAAGUAUUCAGAUAUUUUCACAAGUAUUCAGAAAUUUAUGUAAGAAAAGGGCACAUAGAAAGUAUGCCAUAUCAUUGGCACAUUAAUUUUUUCUGCAAAAGUUUUGAUUGCUUUUUCCCCCCUUUUUUCUAAGAGUCUUAGUGUUUCUGUAUCUUUUUCUGGGUUUAUUUCUGUUCUUGUCACACUUUUGUUUGUCAUAAUUUCAUCAAGUUAGUGUUUUACAAGAUAUUUCCUCUAAAUUGUUGUUGCCAAAUGAGGGAUAUCCAAUAACUCUGUCAAGUGAAAUCCUUGUAAUAAGCAAACUAUGUCAUUUAGCAGCUUGGACAAUUAGAAAUAGAAAAAAUUGUAUAUAGAAUUUUUGAUGCAGAGUCAAACUUUCUCAUGUAAAUACAUUUAUGAUGCUCUCUAAAUUUGAAUAGGUGAUGGUUGGGCAAACGUUAUUUUUUCUCUCUUUUGCAGGGAAAUAUAUUUCAAGUCCGAAAUAUAUUGUUUUGUAGGUAGCUCUUUUUUCUAUUAAAUUUUGUUUUGCUACCAAAAUCGUCAUAAAAAUAUGCAAAGGAAAGCAUGAAAUGAGCACUGUCAUCAUGAUCAUAGCAGGUUUGUGGCUGUACAUCAAAUUAUGAACUCCAACCCAGUCAAUGCGCAUGUGCAGAGAUAUGGAGGGCGUGCGUGUGUGUUCAGUAAUAGGUCGAGUAUUCAUAAUUCCAUGUACAGCUACAACCCUACUUUGGUCAUGACAAGAGUGUCCCAUAAAGAAAUUAUUGUUGUCACAUUGUUUUAAAAAGACUUAUUUUGUACACUCAAAAGAGUUUGAUUGAAUUGAACUGAAUUGCAUGCUCACUUUGAUGACGUGUCUAUUGAUAUAUAAACCUGAAGAUACACGACUUUUCACAGCGUUCAGCAGUAAUGUUCACAACUCUCUGCUUUACAGAGUUAGCAUAGCAUUAUUCCUUAACUGGUCACCUGGCCAAGUGUGUGUUUAAACACUCGUGUAACGAUCAAAAGUCUCUCCAUGUGGUCUGGCUGGCUAGUUCAGUGUUGAAAAGCAUUACAUGUAUACCUUAAUGAAGUACAUGUAACAACAGGUGGACAGAAAUUGAUAUGCUAACUGGUCCCACUGGCUAGUUAAGUCUCCGAAAACCCCGUAUUGGUGUUUACACUGAAUGCAUAAAGUUUCCUUCCUCCAAAUGAAGUAUGCAUAAUUUAUGUACAAGUUCCUAGCUAACCUGCAAAACAUGCUUACCUAUCAGUAAAGAAUGUUCUACUACUACUAUAAGCACACACUCAUUUUGGAGUAGGCAUUGCAAUUAUAUUAGACCCUGAUGUCCUCGACAUACAUUCUAACCUAGCUUUCCUAAAAUAAAAUAAAAUCAUGUCUCAUCCAAAUAACCUUGAUCAUAACAUAAUAGAAAAACAAAAUUAUAUCAUUGAGUUCAAUACAUGUCAAAACAAGCCUAGAAAUUGAGGAGGCCAUGUUUUGGAGUCAGUAAAAACAAUCAAGAGAAGUAAAAGAAAUUACCUCUAUGACAAGUUUGUGCAACGAGUGGUUUUGAUCAUGUUGUAGCAGGAUAAACCACAACGUGUACAUUCCAUGAUUUUGUAAGGUUUCAUUACCUUUGCCAUUUUGUUAUUAUGGUUUAAAAUUAUUUGCAGAGAUAAGAUCUUUCUGAAGUGACACUUAAUUAUCUAAAACGUUUAUGUUAUAUGCUUGACCUCCAAUAGUACUAGAUGGAUAUUAUUUACUAAAUUUAUGCUGCAGUAAAAACAAACUUCAUAUUUUACCCUUAAAGGUACCCAAAAGGUAACACAAAACUAAAAGGUUUGAGAAAGCAUUGUUGAUUUUAAGUCCAGUUAAUUUUGUUUACAAACAUACUACAUUAAGUUCGGUGGAAAGAUUUCUACUGGAAAUUUAAUGUCGCACAAAAUGUUAAAACCUUUUUGUACUGCUGUUUUUGUGUAAUGUUCUAAAGAAAUCACAGUAAUUUGCAGAUAGUAAAAGCUUACUGUAUGACCCCAAAUUGACAGCUGAUAGUGCCAUGAAAUAUAAUGAAUAAGAUCAUCAACAAAAUAUCUCUAUGUACAACAAAUAUUGUAAAGAAAUAUGCCACAUCUAUGUGUAUUAUUUUAGUAGAUUUGAGAUUUGUUUUAAAAUAAAGCUUCAUUAAAAGCAAACUUGCUGUAUGGAACAGUUAA